AUGGAGAGCCCGCACGAGCAUCAGCAGAACCUCCUGCUGUCCCGCAUCAUCACCAACGUGGAGAAACUCAAUGAAGCAGUCGUCGUCAUGAACAAGAGCCUACAAGAAAUCAACAUUCAGAACAUGAACGUCGAGCUGGUGGCGCAAAUGUUCAAGAACUACCAGUCCAACGUGCUGUUCCACCUCGAAGCUACGGAUAACCUCAAGCCGCCGUCGUAG